CUGUGCGGGACGGGCGGUGCCGAGCCGAGCCGAGCCGAGCGGGGUGCGGGCGCUGCCGGUGCCUCCCCGGUGCCCGCGGGGCCGGGGCGGGCUGCGGCGGCGGGGGGAGCAGAAUCUUCUCCUCUACCCCCAGAGCAAGGGAGGAUGACAUCUCAGCUCCUCUGAGCCAGCAGUGCCCAGGGACCUGCAGAGCCAUGGAGCUGGAGUACGAGCUGCCCAACUCCACUGCCUUCUGGUUCUCCCCGGCUUCCCCCUUUGACAACUUCUCCCUGGAGGCUCCCACCAACAGCUCGCAGAACUCCACGGGCCAGCACUUCGACCUGACCAGCAAUGCCAUCCUCACCUUCAUCUACUUCGUGGUCUGCAUCAUCGGGCUGUGUGGGAACACGCUGGUGAUCUACGUCAUCCUCCGCUAUGCCAAGAUGAAGACCAUCACCAACAUCUACAUCCUCAACCUGGCCAUCGCCGACGAGCUGUUCAUGCUGGGCCUGCCCUUCCUGGCCAUGCAGGUGGCACUGGUGCACUGGCCCUUCGGCAAAGCCCUCUGCAGAAUUGUCAUGACGGUGGAUGGGAUCAACCAGUUCACCAGCAUCUUCUGCCUCACGGUUAUGAGCGUCGACCGGUACCUGGCUGUCGUCCACCCCAUUAAAUCUGCCAAGUGGAGGCGGCCCAGGACAGCCAAAAUGAUCAAUGUGGCUGUUUGGGGCGUCUCCCUGCUGGUGAUCAUGCCCAUCAUGAUUUAUGCUGGGGUGCAGCACAACCACGGCAGGAGUAGCUGCACCAUCAUCUGGCCGGGAGAGUCGGGCGCCUGGUACACGGGGUUCAUCAUCUACGCCUUCAUCCUGGGCUUCCUGGUGCCUCUCACCAUUAUCUGCCUUUGCUACCUGUUCAUCAUUAUCAAAGUCAAGUCCUCGGGCAUCAGAGUGGGCUCCUCCAAGAGGAAAAAGUCUGAGAAGAAAGUCACCAGGAUGGUCUCCAUCGUGGUCGCCGUCUUCAUCUUCUGCUGGCUCCCCUUCUACAUCUUCAACGUCUCCUCGGUCUCCAUCAUGAUCGUGCCCACUCCUGUCCUCAAGGGCAUGUUCGACUUUGUGGUGGUCCUCAGCUACGCCAACAGCUGUGCCAACCCCAUCCUUUACGCCUUCCUGUCCGACAACUUCAAGAAGAGCUUUCAGAACGUGCUGUGCCUGGUGAAGGUCAGCGGCAUGGACGAGGCGGACCGCAGCGACAGCAAGCAGGACAAAUCCAGGCUCAAUGAGACCACGGAGACCCAGAGGACCCUGCUCAACGGGGACCUGCAGACGAGCAUCUGAGGGGACGGCGGGGUUGUCCUUCCUGCGCUCUCCUCUCCCCGCUUGCUCCCAGCAGGGUGGUGGCACGUGUGGAAUGCCAGCUGAGGGGAGAGCAGUGAGCACCCCGUGGGGUGUUGGGUCCUCAGCUGGGCUCUGCUGGGUUGGCUUUCAAGCACUGGGAAGGAUAUGGAUCAAGAGGAGCUGCCUCGCCGCGAAAACAAAGACAAGUCACGGCACCACAGCACAUCUCAACUCUGAAGUGCCACCCUGGCCACAAGGAUCGCUGGGGUGGCUCCGCUGCUCCCCCGUGUCACCCUCGGGCUGGUUGGCUCUGGGGCUCUGCCCCUGCACGGGUGGAUGCACAUGGACACAGGGGGUGACCUCAGGAGGGGCCGAGGCCACGGGUGUGUGAUAACACGGAGAUGCACUGACCUGGCGGGAGCUGCCGGAGAGCUCCUGCCACCGCCCUGCCCAGGAGGCGAGGAUGUUUGGGGUCGCGUUUUGCCUGGGGUAUCAGUUCCUCCAUUGCCCCCCCGAAGCCUCCCUGUGCUGUGUGACUGCACUGUUGGCAGCAGCCGCCCCUCCCGAGGGGGGCACUCCGGGAUGGAGGCGACUCACCCACGGGAAGCAGCUCUGCCGCCUCGGCAGCCCCUCUGGUCACACCACGCUCCUACCCUGCCAUCUCCUGCUGCAGGAGAGCCCCUGCCUUCCUCCUGCCGUGACAUCACCUGCCUGCAGAUUUUCUCCUCGGAUGGAGGAUUUCCCCCUUUUCCCUCCCCAGUGGCCCCUGCCCCCCUCCACGCUGCACUGACAGCCGGGAUCGCCGCUCCGAGCGGCCCCGGCAGGACCGCCCGGCUCCGGCCCCUGCUGGGAAAUCCUUGGAAGUAUUUAAGCAGCAGCGACACGUCAGGGGUUUGGAGUACCUUUGGCACAGGCUCCUGCACCUGGCUGAGAUCUGGGUUUGCCCGGCUCCGAGGAUCCCUGGGGUGACACCUGUCCUGCUCCUUCCAGGCAAGUCACACUGGAGAUGGGUGAUGGAGAGGAUGGGGGACGGGAGAUGGGGAGUGCUGAGGACUUGGCCCCCACCCCAUCCGAGCCAGGCAGAGCAGACAAGAGGGCUUCCAGCACCUGGGAAUGAGAAAGAGGAGGGCAGCACAUGUCCAGCCCCGUGGACCCUGCACAGGGUGAGAGGUGGUGGGACUGACCCAUCAUCUGCUGUAUUUGGCUUCCCAAGACUGUCCUGGAGCGCUGGGCUCUGCCCUCCCAGCUCAGCACAGCCCAGGGCUCUGGAGCCCUGACCCGGCAAAGCCCCUCCUCGGACAGCACAGCAGGAACGUGAGGGAAAGCCCAGGGGAGAGGGAGAAGUGCCAGGAACCCAAGGGAAAGCCCAGGGGAGAGGGAGAAGUGCUGUCUUCCUGCUGGAGCACCCGGAGCAGCCUCUGUGCCAGAGGCCAGGGCUGUUCACAGGCUCUCGCUGCAGAGCUGAGCCGUGGGAACGCGGGGGUUUAGGUGGAGAAGACAGCCGGGCCUCGCUCACCCUCCCCUUUCUGGGGUCCCCCUGGCCAGGGGAUGCAGAGACUUCACCUGGCACUGCAGUCGAUGCGGGGGUGAGGGUGAGCAUUGCCCACGAGGUGCCACCUGUUUUGGGCUGCCACCUUGCUCAGCCACGCACCCCCAGUUGAUUCUCUGAGAGCACCAGCUCCGGGAGAAGUUUUCCCACGGCUCUACCCAGCUCCUGCAGCAAGAACCUGCUUGGGGCAUCACAUCCUGCUGUGCCAGGCCCUCCAGCUCCCCGAAGAGGGCUCAGUGCCAGGCUGGGUACCUGCUCCCCAGCUCUGCUGGACACGGCACAGGGCUCAGGGGUGUUCUGCGAGACAAAGCAGAGCCUUGUCAGCAUUUCUUUGCUUUUAACUGUUUCCUGCUCCUCUGAGGAAGGUGUGACACUGUUCAAGUGCUCAGAGGCACCUCCCUGUCCCCUGGCUGGGCAGCCAGCGCAUCCCAGCACCACUGGGGAGAGGAAAGCCGAGCCCACGUUCCCCUGCUGAUGCUGCAGGAAUUAAAACACCAGCAGCAGGUCGUGCCACAGUGAAAUACGGGCUGGGGAUGGCCGGGAGCAGCAGAGCCCAUGCUGGGCUGAGGAUCUGUGUCACAGCCGCAGUGAUGCGUCAGUGGGGCCGUGGGCAUUCCGUGCCUCGUGGGUGGGGGAGGAGGUGUCUGUGUGGGAAGUGGGGAUGAGAUAGGAAGGGGGGUGUGGAGCCCCCAGCACUCACCUGCAGUGGGGCCAGACCCAGAUUUGACAGCCAGUGACUUGUCCAUGCAGUCCCUGCCAUCAGAAUCCCAGUGGAUGGUGGGGACAGACACCUGUUCCCAGUUGGACCCCACAGGGGUCUCCAGCAGGAGCCUCCAGCUGGGAGCACCCCCUCUCUGUGCUGGGUUAAGGUUGAAAUACAGAAAGCCUGGCUUCCUAGCCCUGGGAAGGACCCAUGCCCAGGUCAGCUUUGUCCUGGCAGUGACACUGCUGGCAGCUCAGAGCUGGGAUCUGAAAUAUUUUCCCCUCUUUGCACCCAGGGGCUCUCCUGGGGUGGGGAUAAUGGAGCUGCAGGUGAGGAAUGAGGGGCAUGGGGCUCUGCCACCAACAUCCCAAAGGCCACCAAGGUGGGUUGUGCCAGGGCAGGGGCACAAGGUGACUCCUGGGAGCUGCCAGGGGUCUCCACAGCCACCUUUCCACAGAUCAACAGGGAAAAAGGGCAGGAGAGAGGAACAUGCCCCCUUGGAGUGCUCAGGGAGGGAGCCAUCAGCCACAGCCCAGCGCUCGCAGUAAAACCAGCAAAAUAAAACCUUCUGCUGGUUCAUUGCUGACUAAUAAACAUCAGCACCGCUGCUGCUGCCA